UGAAAGGGAGUUGAUCGAACUGGACUACCAGCACGAUCGAAACAUGGUGCCUAUGGACAUUCUGAGCGUGCUAUUUUACGAUUGUUUAUGAUGCUUUGGGUGUGGUCUUGUGUUUUCCUGGACGUUUUAUAUGCAUUAGUGAAACCUAUGCAAAUCACCGGUGAAUCUAGCAGAGACGCCGCUUAGUUUUACAUCGCGAAAGUGAUCUUUUUUAGCAAUUGUCCCACGAGAGAUUAUUUGGGGUACCGCAGGGGUUAAUCCCAUCAUAAAAAUUUUCGCUUGACUGAUCAAUCCGAGAUAACUAUAUUGUUUUUAAGCUACUGUGCAAUAUGGUGAAAUCGUAUCUGAAGGGUGCCGAUGGGACGCUGUUUCCACUUCUCCCAAAAGUCACCACAGUUGGGAGAGAAAAUUGUGAUUUCACCAUUCAACUUCCUGGUGUGGACUAUCAACAUUGUGUAAUAGAAUACAGCGAGCAUGAUGACUGUUUUGUCAUUCAAGACUUGAACACUGCUCAGGGAACGUAUGUCAACGACGUGCGUGUUCAGAAUGCAGCUGUGCGACUGGCUCCUGGUGAUCACAUCAGAUUUGGCUACAAUGGUCAGCCAUUUGAGCUGCAGGUCGACUCUGUGACACAGAACAAAGUUCGGCAAGAGCCGGCAGUGAUCAUGGGUGGAGACAUGGACUUGUCCGCCAAACUUCUACAUCUGGAGACAGAAGUCACCGCAAAGAAAGGGGAGAUCAACGCCUUGCGGGAGCAGCUGAGCAAGCUGCAGAGUGACCGGUCGAGCAGCCCGCAGCUGUUGCGUCAGGAGCUGGCGGAGCGCGUGAAGGAAGUGACACAGCUGAGGACGGAGCUGGAGCGGGUGAAGAAGGACAAGAACAUCACCUCGGGCCUGGUCACGCAGAUGCAGCGGGACAUGUCGAAUAAAGACAGCACCAUCAGCCGGCUGACCAGGGAGAUCGAGGUCCUCAAGAAGGACAUCCGGGAGAGGGACAUCCAGAUGUCCAGCAGUGCCAGGAAGACGCCCCCUAAGGAAGUUCCGCCUUUUCUAAAGCAAUAUAUCGUGAAAGGCAAGGAGUCUCCCAAGGCCGCGGAGGAGAACAGCGCUAGGGAGAAAGAGCUGGUCACCCUGCGACAGAAAUUCAAGACAGCUGAGAGCAAAGUCCAGGAGCAGAUGGACACCAUCGCGGGGCUCCGAGAGGAGCUGGACAAGACCAAGACCCAGGUUUUCACGGAGAAGGACGUGCAGAGGAAGCUUCAGACAGACCUGGACAACACCAAGUCCCAGGUGACCGACGUCCAGCGGUCCGAGCGAGUGGUGCGGGUCGACCUGGAGCAGUGUCAGAAGCGCAUUGAGCGGUUCCGAAGCCGUGUGAUCCAGGUGACCUUCUCCACCCCGGGGGUUUCCGUCCCGAACAAGGAGGUCUCGGACGACGAUCUCAUCGAGGCCCUGAAGAAGCUGAUGGAGGAGAGAGCCAAGUUGUUGUCUCGCAUCAAGGAGCUGGAGGGGGAUGUGGUGGGCGCCCAGGCGGGCAAGGAGGAGCUGCUGGCUUGUGCCGAGAAGCUGAGAACAGAAAUGGCUGCAGCUCUGACAAGUGUGAGCACGGGCGGGCGCCUGUGCUCGGUGCUGAAGCAGGCCAGCAGUGUGGUCCAAUCGCUGAGCACUGACGAUCAGCUGACCUGGAUCCGAGACCUGGUGGUGGAGCUCCUGGACGGCGAGUGUGGCUGGGAACAGCUAGUGGAGGACGCGCUGGAGACGUGCGGGGUCAACGUCAAGAUAUCCACCGACGACCCGGGGAAGCACAUCGCCCUGCUGUACUCCAAGUGGGAGUCGUCCCUCACGGAGAAACAGCGUCUGGAGAAGCUGCUGACCGACACAGAGAGCGCCAACAAGUCGGAGCUGGAACACAAGAUGGCUGCCGUGGUCUCGGAGUGGGAGCACCGGCUGCAGGAUGCGGUGGAAAAGACGCGGUUAGAAGGAGAGGAGAAGCUGAACGCCGCCAUCGACGAGAUCCGCGCUGCCGAGGGGGAAAAGCGAGAGAGCUAUGUGGAGGCUGAGAGGAGGAAGAUUAAUGAGCUGUCUGCUUCCCUGGAACAACUGCGACAGUCGAUGACGGACCUCCAGACUGACCACCACAACAAGAUGUCGGAGGCCACCAGUGUCCUGGAGCAGCUAGAAGAGGUUAAGAGGUCAGCCCAGGAGCUGAGGGAGGAGCUCACAAAGCAGGAACAGCUGCGUAACGAAGACGCUGACAAGCACUCGGCGGAGAAGCAGGAGCUGAUGGGGAGGCUGGACGGGGAGGUGGAGACGUACAAGGAGCAGAUCAAACAGCACUCGGUGACCAUCUGUACAAUGGAGGAGAGGCUGGAGAAACUGAUGAAGAAGAAUAAAGACUACCAGGAACAGCUGAGCAAGCUGCGCUCGUCUAAACCGGCCCCGCCCCCCAAGCCAAAGGUCAUUGUCCAGCGACCCCGAGAGGAGCUGGCCGCUCUGGAACAGGUGGUCAACGCUCUCAGACAAGAGAAUACAGUGCUGAAGAAGGAAGUCCGCGACUCGCAGGAUGUGAUCAUGGGUCUGCGUCGCGAUCUGUCCGGAGCCUCGGCGCGUCUCUCCGACAUCUCUGGCGAGAUGAGCGAGGCGCAGAAACAGGAAAUGGAGCGCAACCGAGAGAUUCUCACGCAGCGUGGCGUAGAGCUGACGGAGCUCAGGCAACAGAUGGCAAAACUGUCCCAGAUUAUCGACAGUCAGAAGGAGGAGAUGAAGAGUCUGGAGGGUCAGCUCAGCAAGGAGAAGCAGGACAGUGCCAAGCACCGGCUGGGAGCGGAGGAGAACGGCGCUCGUCUCAAACUCCUACAGGAGGAGCUGGACCGAGAGAAACAGGAGCAGAGGAAGCAGCUGGACCUUCUGGACCAGGAGGGCCGUAUCACCUCCGAGCUGACCAGCAUGGGUGCCCAGUGCCGCGGGGAGAGGCAUCAGCAGAUCAUCAGCAGGCAGCGUGAGGCCCUCGCCGAGCUGAGGACCAAGGUCAAAACUCUGGAGCAGUCAAGGCCACCACUGCCCACCCAGGACCAAGCGCUGCAGCAGGUGGUGCUGCUCAAGAAGGAGCUGGCGGAGAUGCGGGUCAACCAGGCGUUGUCUGAGGACAAGGUCAUUCAGAGCGCCACCUCGCUGGACCGCGAGAUCGGCAAAGCCCGGGGGCUCAUCACGCCCAGCAACGUGGAGGCGGACAUGGAGCGGAGCGCUCACCGCGAGACUAUGGACGCGCUCGAGGCUAGCGAAGUCUCAUUUGCAACACUUCUGAGAGCCAUGGCUGCAUCUCUCGACCUUGAGGAAAUUGACGGCCUUCGACCAAUGGCGCACAUCCCGAAGGAUGAGAGGGAGGCUCUCAUUGACGCUCGCGAGAAGGCAUGCCAACUGCUGGCCAAUCGUAUCCAAGUGCUGAAGGAGAGGAUUGCCAGGAAGGAUGAUCUGCUGCAGGGUUACGAGACAGACCUGACUAAGCUGAGGCAGUCUCAGGAGCUGGCCGAUAUGAAAUCCCACCAAGUGGAGACAUUGGCAAACGACGUGCGUAGCCGCGCGGAGGAGUCACAGUACCUGCGAGAGUCCCUGAACAGAACCCGCGAUCGUCUGAACCAGGAGAAGCGACUCAACUCGGCCAUCAAGCAAAAGAAGACUUUCCAUCUUGAAAACGAGAGGUCACAUCUGAGCGACAGCACAACAUACAAAGGUCGUCAUUGCAAGGUGGAGGACCCCAAGGCGGAGGUAAGGAAGAGGCAGCAAAAGGAAAUCAUCCGCAGGAAAAACUACGAGAUCAAGACUCUGAGAGGAGAUUUGUGCGAGACAGAGAAAGAACUUUACGACAGAGAGAAGAAACUCUCAUCCUUCCAGACAGGCCUGCGUCUGGAGCGAACAGUCGAAGUGAUGGAGUAACGUCCCCCUGUGUCACGGCUGUCUGCGUGCGGUGAUAGAGUAACCUCCCCUGUGUCACAGCUGUCUGUCUGCGUGCGGUGAUGCAACACACAACACACUGCACUGGUCCAUGCUUCCGCGGCAGCAACAUUUCCAGCAAUAAUACCACAAUAAUACCACAAUAAUACCACAAUAAUACAUAUCAUGUACCACAAGAAACAUGCCGUGUGGCCAGACUCUCUGUAUUGUCCCCAGCGUCUGCUGGUCUGUCUGGUCUGUCCUGUGCCACGGCACGGCAACAUCUGUCUCAGAAAACACUCAUCUGGGUCACCUCUUGACCGUGACCUUUGAACUUAACAAAUCAAAACUUUUUACGUCUCUCUAUCAUUACAUCUCUCUGUCUACUUGCUUUAAUUGAUGAUUGCUCUUUGCAUCAAUGAGUCGGAUUUGAUUGAUUGUCUUUGUGUUACGAAUGUUUUGAGAAUGAACUUGAGAAAGAAGUGAAAACCUAAAUGGACUUCGAGCGAGGAAAUUUCCGUUGUUCAUUGUUUCUUGCUGCUGUGGUUAGACCCAGCGGUACGCAUCGAAUCUCACAAGACAUUAGAGGGGAGACAAAGACCAUGCUUAUUGGGACCAAAAAAAAGUUUAAGAAAUAAUUUUGUACAACCCAAAGAGCAUACUGAUAUGAUGAAACGGAACGUUUGUUCUUCUUGAAAGAGAAAUAUUUUUGAAGGAUUCAUACACAGUUUAGAGCAAGUGGGUUUUGAGAGGAUGGGAAUGAAUAUAAAUAUUUGAAGCAAUGUAACUUUGAAUGAUUUGACUUGAUCUUGAACUUUUUUCCGUCAGAAAUUUGUUUAAUUUUUCCAGCAGGAUGAUGAUGAUGAUGAUGAUGAUGAUGAUGAUGAUGACUAGUGUGCCAGUUUGUUUGAGUGGUGAGAGUGGUGAGAUCGAAAACAAAACACACUCACACACAAACACACACACACGCACACACACACACACACAUACACACACACACACACACACACACACACACACACACACACACACACACACAAAUAUUCAUACAAUGCACAUAUACUUGAUUAUACUUAACAAAUGACCAACUGUUUGUCAAAUGUUUUAAUCUGUAAUACACACAGAAAGAUCUUCUCUUUGUGCCAAUAUCACAUUGUCCAAUGUUAUGGAAUACAAAAUGAAAA